AAAAAAAAACAGCAACAUAAAAGCAUAAGAUAACAUUAACCUUAAAGUUUGGAGUUUUUUGAUGCGGUUUGUUUUAAAAUCACAUGCGUAUAAAUAUGGCUCGAUAUGAUGAUAAACGAUGGUUGAAGUUGUUUUCUUUUGGUGCUCUGGUUUUUGCAUGUUUACUGGUUGCAUCGGAGGCAGGACGUUCACAUGCAAACUUAACUGCAUGUCAGCAUUUACGUCGCGCCGAAUCCAGACGUUCCAAAGCCCUAAACACUAGAGUUCGUGCGCCCAGAUGUGAUAAGCGUGGUCAGUUCGAAACCGUACAGUGUGCGAAUAUUAGACGCGGUGAAGAUUGUUGGUGUGUCGAUGAGUAUGGCGUUGAAAUACCCGGUACUCGGAAUACCACAAAGAAAACAGUACAGUGCAAAGAACCCUCCAACUGUUCAGCUUCGGCUUGUCGCAUGUUUUGUCCUUCGGGCUUUGCACGAGACCCACAAACUGGUUGCAGCCAAUGUCGCUGUCGUGAUCCCUGCGAUGGUAUAAACUGUCCCAAUGGUCAGUCGUGUCAAUUGAUGGAGGUCAAUUGUAAGAGCGAACCUUGUCCACCGGUGCCCACCUGCAAGAAAGCCAGAUCUUUGGCUAAUUUCUGUCCAGCUGGUAUGCCGUUAGCCAUAGAGGAUGGCAGCAAUAUGAGACCUUUUCUGUGUGGCGUAGACCCCGGUAAGCCACAAUGUCCACCUCUGUAUCAGUGUAUGGUGGAGGGAGGCAAUGAUUAUGGUGUUUGCUGUCCCAGUGCUUUGAAGUUUAAUAAGCCUGGCGUUUGUCCCGCUCCAGAGAUGGAAAAUUAUACUCCAAGUACGGGUUACAUGUGCGGUACACCUUGUACUCAUGAUCUGGAAUGUCGUAAUAUGGAGAAAUGUUGUUUUACCAAGGGCUGUCAGUACAAUUGCCAACAGCCACACAAUGUCACCACCUGCCAACAGGCCAGAGCCUUGUCCGACAUCUUGGCCAUUAAUGAAAGAGAGGGACGUGGUUAUGUGCCAGAUUGCAACGGUCCCAGUGGCAUGUUCUCGCCCAGGCAGUGUUCUCGUAAUGGUUUAGUAUGUUGGUGUGUAGAUCCCAGAACAGGACAUAAAAUUGUGGGCAGCAUGGGAGCGGCGAAUAUGGUGAACUGUGAGGGUUGGGAAAAUAUGAUUAGUAGAUCGUUAAUGGGUCGUAGUUUCAACCAGGAGAAAUGUGAUACCAAUAUUUGUGCAGCAGUAUGUGAAUAUGGUUUUAAGAAUGACCACAAUAAUUGUCCCACCUGUGAAUGCGCCCAGCCAUGUGAGGGUUUCUUAUGUCCCAUUGGUUCACAAUGUGAAGUUGCCACAGAUCCUUUAUGCAAGUCGGGCUCUUCAUUGUGUGCUUCUUGGCCGGUAUGCAAACCCUCCAUGGCUUACUCAAAUCCCUGUGAAGUGGGUACACCCUUAGCCGAUAAUGUCACAAAUGAAAUAAUGUAUUGUUACAAUGAACGCCAAAGCUAUGGCAGAGAAAUAAAAUCAUUCUUUGAUGCUGAACCUGAAUACAAAACAUCCCGGGCUAUGUCAAAUCGCAUUCUUUGCCCGAAAGAUUACAAAUGUACGAAAUUACAUAAGGAAUCGGAAAGUGUUUGCUGUCCCGCUAAAAAUGCCGAAGAAAAUAAGCCAGUUGAGCCUCGCCAACAAACGAUGUGCGAGUAUAUACGUGACUUUUCCGAACGUAUGGAGGGCACCGAAGAAGGCAUGAAACUGGCAUUGCCCGAGCCUCGUUGCUCUGACGAGGGCAACUACAAGGAACGUCAGUGUAGUUUCCGCAAAAUCAAAGUAACCAGAGCUGAACAUCGCAAAAUUUUAGAGGAAAAUACCAUAAGACGAAUGCGCAUGCUGUUGGCCAAUAGUGCUGCUAAACGCACGAAACGUGAUGCUGAACGCCUCAAACUCUAUCGUGUCGAUGACAGUUUGCUCAAGGUACAGUUAGCUGCUCCAAUUAUGGGUCGUAAUGCCAAGGUCAUUGAUAUGGGUGCCAGUAAGCAACAAAGUUUGGGACAAUUAUUUGAAACUGAUUUCAAAAAAGUCGUACCCGCUCCCAAGAAACCCCUAAAUGAUGAUGAAAUUGUAGAGUUGGAUGUGGAAGAGUGCUGGUGUGUAGAUAGUUUUGGCACGGAAAUACCGCACUCGCGAGGAUUUAAUGUUUCAGAAGAAUUCUGUGUCCAGUUGCGUGAAGAAAUUGAGUGCUUAGAUCUAACUUGUCGCAUGGGCUGUGAGUAUGGUUUCACUUUAGAUCCAAUUACCCGCUGUCCGGCUUGUCAGUGCCGCGAUCCCUGCCAAGAUGUGGCUUGCGGUGAGAACGAGGAAUGUCGCAUUGUGGAGGUAUCAUGUGAUGAUGAAUAUUGUCCUCCCGUACCCGCCUGUUUAGCACGUAAACCCGGUCAAUGUCCCUAUCUGGUGCCUCCAGGGCCCGACAAUUUAGAUGCCAAUGCUUGUGCUUAUGAAUGUCGCACGGACUCUCAUUGCGAUGGUGCCAAACGUUGUUGUUCGAACGGUUGCGGUACCCAGUGUGUUCUACCACAAAUGAAGACCGCCUGCCAGCAUUUACAGGCCAUACAAAUGCAUCAGUCUUCCGAGUUGGGAAUACCGGUCAUGAAAAUGAAUAUUGCCCAGUGUGACGCUAACACCGGCGAAUGGAACAAAGUGCAAUGUUCAUCGACUAAUGGAGAAUGUUGGUGUGUCGAUGAGCAUGGCCAGGAGAUGAGUGGCACUCGGCUAAAGGGUACAGAGCCAGUGUGUGAGGAAAAUUCUGCCUUCAAAUGUGAGAAACAGAAUUGUUCUUCCAACUGUGAGGCUGGCUAUCAAGUGGAUGCAAAUGGUUGUCAGACCUGUGAGUGCAGAGAUUUUUGUGCGGAAAUAAAUUGUGGUGCGUCCGAAGAAUGCCAAUUGAUAAAUAUAGACUGUGUGGAUGCGCCAUGUCCAAAAAUGCCCAUUUGUGUGCCUAAACGUGAAUCUUUGUGUGCCGAGGGAAGUCCUUUAAAGCAGGGUGAUUUGGUAGUAAGCUGUGGGCCGCACAACGAAAAUGAAACCUGUCCCUCAUCGCACACCUGCCAACUGAAUCCGGUAACGCAUCGCGGUGUUUGCUGCACAAAGACUAGAGAUGUUUGCUUCGAAUCUAUGGACAAUAGCUGCCUGUCAAAGACAACAUCUGUUGCCAAUGCAACACGUUAUCGUUUCAAUCCGAAAGCCAAUCGCUGCGUGGCCGUUGUUAUUGACUUGAACGAGAGCAGCUGCCAAACUAAAAACCUCUUCCACAAUGAACUGUCCUGCAAUUCCGUAUGUCCUGCUCUAACCCAAUGUGAAAGAUUGAAAUUGAAAAACACUUUGGCUGCCCAAAGAACAGGACAUUCCUCGGUGUGGUUUAAGCCCAGAUGUGAUCCCAUAACUGGCCAUUGGAGUCCAGUGCAAUGUUUAGGCAAACAGCCUGAUUUGAACUCGGUAACAGGAUCUUUAGAUCAGACACCCUCACCUUAUGGUGUGUGUUGGUGUGCCGACAAAAAGGGAGCUCCCCUAAAGGGUACUUUAACAAGAGACAUUGAACCGGUAUGCAAUAGUAGGCAAGGACGAAAAUACAAGUCCCAGGACACAAGUGAUUUACUUGUUAUGGAAGAACUUAUACGACAAAUGACGGUUUUAACUGAUUUCGAUAACUUUCUGGAAACCGAGGUAGAAGACUCUAAUGAGGUACAAGCGAGACAUAUUAAAACCGAAGAUAUUUUGGAUAAUAUAGCAGUAAGCAGUACCACAGUAACUCCUAUGCCUGCUUUACAAUCAGCUGUUACUGAACGUGUUUUGGAGCUGGCCAACUCCCUGUGGGACUCCAAGUUGCUGGUGGAAUCUGUUAAACCUAUUCACCUGAAAAUCACCAGAUGUCGAUCUUUGGCUCAAACUGCACCUUUUCCCAUUUCUUGUGAUGAUAUUGGUGCCUUUAGUCCCAUGCAAUGCAACAAAAAACAUUGUUGGUGUGUAGAUUCUGCUGGCAAUCAAUUGGAAUCCUCGCCCAUGUUUGAGAAGGGACAAUACAACUGUACGCCCACGCCCAUUUCAUCGGUCAUUGUAGAAAUGCACAUGCAAAACAAUUCCAUAACCUCUAUAAAUAAUGUCUACGAUAUCAUACGCUCCGAGCUCAAUCAACUGUUGGGCCGUAAUGUCGAAAACUUACGGGUGCAAGAAAAUGGCGAUGGUUCAGCGCUCAUACGGUUCGAAUUACACAAUGAUGAUAAAAUUGACAUGGCUUUUGCCAUAGAAACUUCCAUAAUGAGCGGUGACUUCAAACUGGCCAACGGCCACUAUUCAACGGAUAUAACACGUGUACAGUUCAUACAUCGCCGCGAGGAGUUACCCACAUAUGCCAAAGUCAUAACAUCACACGAGGGCACCAUACAAUUGGUGCUCUUUAUAACGGCCAGCAGUACGGCUCUGCUGAUUUGCAUUUUUGUGGUGUAUUUCAUGAUGAAACGUGGCAAGGAGAAGGGUAUGACCAAUCCGUAUUUGUCAUCUUCACCGCCACCUUAUCAAUCGCGUAAAAACAGUUUAACGAAUGAUAAUGACUUUGCUUCGCCCAUUUUCGUGCUAAGUCCGGAACAUGAUUUAGAAAGUAUUCGACCGCCUUAUGAGAACAAAAAGUCGGAAAAGUGUUAAA